AUGUCUGCCUCAAACGAAAGCAGCUUGUUCAACAUCAUCGUAGUUGGCGGUGGCAUCGCAGGAUUGUCCGCGGCGAUUGCGUUGAGAGGGUCAAAUCGAAAGAUAAUUGUUCUGGAGCAGAGUCGCCUCAACCGAGAGAUCGGCGCCACAAUAUCUCUCCAGCCAAAUGCGUCAAAAAUUGUCGAGAAACAAUGGGACCUCGAAGAAGGCCUUGCGAAGACGGGGUCUAUGGCCGACAAAGCUUUUCGGAUUUACAACACAGAAGGAAAACUACAUGCAGAGAUUCCCUUUCACUUGAAGAAGAGCUAUGGCGCUGAGAGAAUGAUCUAUCAUCGUGUCGAUUUACAUGAUGCUCUAAAAUCUGCAGCAACGCGAAACGAAGGAAACGUGGAUCCUGUCGAGAUCCGAACGGGCUGCGUAGUCCGGAAAUGCGACCCAGAGGCCGGAACCGUCGCACUCGAGUCCGGGGAAGAGCUUUCUGCAGACCUCAUUGUUGGAGCUGAUGGGAUCAAGAGCGUUCUUCGACAAUCGAUCAUCGGAAAGGAAGCCCCCGCGAUACCAACUGGACUCUCCGUGAUUGACAGCUCCGAGUUAGAGCAAGACAAAGAUUUCACAUCCGUAAUAGAUCCGAGAGAGUCGUUCACCACGAUGAUUAUGGGCCAUGAUAGACGUAUCAUCAUGGGCCCCGCGAGGAACGGAGCAAUCUACAGCAUUGUAGCUCUAGUACCAGAUGACCAAAUGCAGGAAAGUGCCGAAGGGAAGUCGUGGACCACCAAGGGUAGUCCCGAUAAGCUCAGGGAAACAUUUGACGUUUUUCCAAAGUGGGCCAAGGCUGUUUUCAAGAACUGCACAGAAGUUGGAUUGUGGCAGCUACGCGACCUAGACCCAUUGGAUACUUGGUACUGCGAACGUGCAAUUAUCAUCGGUGAUGCCGCGCAUCCGAUGCUUCCGACUCAAGGACAGGGGGCCAGUCAGGCUAUUGAGGAUGCAGAGGCUCUAGGGGCCAUCUUUUCAGAUAUCAAGGAAAAGCCGACCAGAUAUCAGAUUACAGAGAGACUGAAGAUAGUAUUCGACUGUCGGUACGAGAGGGCCACACUCAUCCAAGGCUACAGUAGAGAGUCCGGAAAGCCUGCGACAGACAAGGGCAACAGCAAGAUCACGAUGAAUCCGGCUGAGUUCAUGGACUAUAAUUGUACCUACAAUGGCGCAAAAGACUGGAUUGAGCGACAGGCCAGGGCGAAGAUAUUGGCUGAAGUUGAAGAGUCGAAGGGUACCGCGCCAGUCUCCAUUGCGACGAAACAGAUGGCUGCAAUUGCUCUGGGCAGUAAAUGA